GGAAGUGAUGGUCUCGCUCUUUCUAAUGGAACCAGAUCGCGUCUCGUGGCUUCUCUCGUGUGUUCUCUCGCUACAUCCAUGGUUCUCUCUCGGUGUUCCUGAGGAAGUGUGUGUGCACAGCUGAUCCAUCCAUCGUCUGUGUGUCUGGAUGAACCUCUGACUUUGUGCUCUUUCUUCUGAAGCCUCUAGCUCGGACUCUAGAAGCUAGCUUAGCAUGCUAGCUGGUAACAAGCUAGCAACACAGAGUGAGAGAAACGGGAAGUGGUGAUUUAGUAAACAUGAGUGUUGUGCUGCUCUCGUUGGUGAAGCAGCGACUCACUGCGGCUGCUGAAGACAUCUUUGUUCUGUUUGAAAGAACGAUAGCAAAGUACGAGGAGGAACUGUCUCGUUCAAAACAGGAGAACGAGAGACACCGGAAACUACUGGACGCUGUUUUACAGCCUCAGCUUCAGAUCCACAGAGCAGACGUCCAGCUGCUGGUGGUGGUUAAAGAAGAGGUUCCCCCUGAACAGCAGGAGUGGAGCUCCAGUCUGGACCAGGAGGACCCGGAGCCCCCCCCACACAUUAAAGAGGAACAGGAGGAACUCUGGAGCAGUCAGGAGGGAGAGCAGCUUCAAAGGCUGGAGGAGGCUGAUAUCACCAAGUCCACAUUCACUCCUGUCCCUGUGAAGAAUGAAGAUGAUGAAGAGAAACCUCAGUCCUCUCAGCUUCAUCAAAGACAAACUGAACACCUGGAAACAGAAGCUGAUGGAGAGGACUCUGGAGGACCAGAACCAGCCAGGAACUCGGAUCCAGAGAGACAUUUACAACCAGAGACUGAGGACAACCCUGGAGACUCUUCAGAACCUGAGACUGGAGACUCUUCUGAACCUGACACUGAAGACAGUGCUGAUUGGAAGGAGACCAGAGAACCAGGUUCAAAGUCUCAGAAAAAUAAACAAAACCCUGUCAGUGAUUCAAGACGUAGUGCAGGAGAGAAACCAUUUAGCUGCUCUUUGUGUGAGAAAGAAAUUCGCAGCAAGUCAAAUCUAAAAGUACACAUGAGAAUCCACACAGGGGAGAAACCAUUCAGCUGCUCAAUUUGUAAGAAAUCUUUUGGAAAGAGAGGAGAUUUAAAGGACCACAUGAGAAUCCACACAGGAGAGAAACCAUUCAGCUGCUCAAUUUGUAAGAAAUCUUUUGGACAGAGAGGAAAUUUAAAGUACCACCUGAGAAUCCACACAGGAGAGAAACCAUUCAGCUGCUCAGUCUGUAAGAAAUAUUUUGCAAAGAGUAGACAUUUAAAGUACCACAUGAGAAUUCACACAGGAGAGGAACCAUUCAGCUGCUCUAUUUGUAAGACAUCUUUUGGACAGAGAGGACAUUUAAAGUACCACCUGAGAAUCCACACAGGAGAGAAACCAUUCAGCUGCAGUGUUUGUGACAAAAGAUUCACCCGGAGAUAUCUGGUCAAAAUCCAUAAGUGUGUUGGUCGUCAGUCCUCACAGCUUCAUCAAACUCAAACUGAGGAGAACGGAGAGGCAGAGCCUCCAGCCAGCAUCUCAGCUGAACACAUGGAAACAGAAGCUGAUGGAGAGGACUGUGGAGGACUAGAACCAGCCAGGAACUCAGAUCCAGAGAGACAUUUACAACCAGAUACUGAGGACAACCCUGGAGACUCUUCAGAACCUGACCCUAAAGACAGUGAUUAUUGUUAGGUUCAAACUCUUUGAGGUAGUCCCAGUAAAUGUGUAUAACGCGAUACCUGCUCGAAAUGUGUUAAAACAUCAUUGCUCUAAGUGAAGUCUGAAUGUGCAUUAAAACAAAUAUUAAGCACAGAAACAAGUCCAUUGUGCUCUUAUGACACAAAAGUAACCAACACACUGACAGAGAACCAGAGCCAGCCAAGAA